UACGUCACCUCCUACGUUGAGUCGUAAUGAUAACGCGUCUUUCGUCAUGUUCACUUAUGCAUUUAUCCCGAUGUGAAAUAUGCAGGAUAGGUACAAUGAGAUAGGCUUCGCUCAGCAGAUCCUCGGCUUGAAUUUAGUCCCGAGGAAAAACAGCACCCUGCGAGGGAACGACACCUCCCUCAGCGACUUCUCAGAGAUGUGGUACGGCAUGUUCCUGUGGGCGGCGGUGUCCUCUGUCAUCUUCCACCUGCCUGCCGCCCUGAUCUCCCUCGCCACGCUGCGGCAGCAUAAGAUCGCCAGGUUCAUGCCCAUCGCCAUCCUCCUGAUGGGAGUUCUGGGACCAGUGUGCGGGGGGGUUCUCACCAGUGCCGCCAUCGCCGGGGUGUACAAAGCGGCAGGAAAGACGAUGAUGUCCUUCGAAGCGUUUGUUUUUGGAGUGGGACAGUCCUUUUGUGUCGUCAUCAUCUCGUUUCUCAGGAUACUCGCCACCCUUUAGCAGCGCUGGGCUCGUCGCUUCGCUCCUCCCGUCGCUGCUCCGGUUUCCCAGCAGAAGAUGGAAGCAAGAUGGACGGCUGUGGAACCCAAAGACCAAAUCCAGCUCUGGGCUAUGAUGUCAUUUCGUUGUGGUCUUAACAUGCCGGGCGUUCCAGAGCCCUGGAAGACUUUGUGAUCUUUAACUUUCUGCUCCACUGUUUUCUCAUAAGUUGGUUUGAAGAAGGAAACGCUGCGACGGGAUCAGCAGCAGUCUGCUAUGCAGGGUGUGGGAGGGAGAGGGUGGCGGCUCUGCAGGAGGGGGACACUCACUCCCUCAGGGGCUGGCUGCGUGCAUGCGUGUGUGUGGGUGUGUGUGACAGGCUGCUGCACUGUUAAACCAAAAUGUGACGUUCGGAUGCAAAACUCCUGCUUUAUCUCUUGAGGCCUUAUUUCCUUUUUUUCCGUUUCUAAAGUUGUUAAACAUCUGGAGCCCGAAGCAGCAGCUCUUUAUCCUGCCGGCUCGCUCCUCCUCAGAUCACAGCGCCUGACGGCUGGAUGUGACCACAGCCCUUCAUCGGCUGCUUUGCCUUUGAGCUGGGCUUGCUGCCACGGUAACGAAGUUUGUUCCUACAGUAUUGGAAGCUGAGGCCAGAAGCUGAUUCCUGCUCAGACCAACGUUUAUCGGAUCCACUUUUCUGAAGACGGCGACGCUCCGUGGAUAGGGUCAGGCCCUCCAUCUGCUGGGGCCGAUCCUGAUCUGCAUUCAGCCGAUGAAGAUCAGGCUGAUUGCGUGAAGAUAGAGCCGGCGGCGAGCUCGCCGUCCUGAUGGACGUUCAGGUGAUGAGCAGCUUUGUGGGACGUCACUCUGGGUUCUUCAGUGUUCUGAGGUUAAACCCGCUUCCUGGCGCCCUCUUAGACCUGUUUGGUUCUGGAUGGUUCUGUUCUGCUGCUCAGCAGGUCUACAGUGAGGCCCCGCCCCAUGCCCCGCCCUUCCUUACAGACUGUUUCAUAUCUUUGAGCUUUCAGAUGGAUUGUACAUUUUCAUGUUUUUUGACAAAGAUCUAAAUGUCUCUAUUUUUCUGCAGAUUCUAUUUUUCUGUGUAUAUUUUGCUUCCUCUGCCGUCCUAACCCCCACCUGUUUAUCAGAUUAAAUGAAUUAAUAAUCCACCUUCUUCUCUGUCAGGUUAUGAAUUCCUUUUCUUCCUGACAUAAAGAUGCCUGCUUUAGUUUUUUAUGUAUUUAUUAAGUUGUUUUUAUUUAAUGUCUGUGAAGCGAUGAAUAAACUGGUUGUUUUAAAACGA